AUGAGCGACGAGUCUUACGUGCCGUCGCCGUCGGCAGACUACGCGAGCUGCAGCACGGCGGAGCUGAUCGAGCGCAUCUCGGCGCUUGAGCGACAACUACGUGCACAGACUGCGCGGGUGGCUGCGCUGAGUGGCCGAGCGACAGACACAGACACAAGUUUGAGCAGGGACGAGACACGAUCUAUACGCGCAGAUGACGAGACCGAGCCUUCCGGCGCGGGCGCAGGCGCCGUCGGAACACAGGCUUUAGGAAACUAUGCGCGACGUCGGUCCCGAUCCCGGUCGCGGUCGCAGUCGCCCUCACGACGCGCCCGACCCUUCGACCCGAGCCUCUACUCGACGCGGCACAUCGCGCUCAAGUUCGCGUACCUGGGCGGGCGGUACAACGGGUACGAACACGCGAAUGGGAACGUGUUGCCGCAGCCGACGAUCGAGGAGGUGCUGUGGAAAGCGCUGCGGAAGACGCGGCUGAUCAGCCCGCCCGUGGCCGAGGGCGCAGACCAGUCGAUGGACGUGGUGUGGGACAGACAUGCGCGGCUGGCUCGCUACACGGACGGGAAGAGCGGCGGCCGCGACGAGGCGCGCGGGAAGGUCAGGCUGGAUCUCAACUGGGAGGGGUGCCAGUACAGCAAGUGUGGUCGGACGGAUAAAGGGGUCAGCGCGUUCGGGCAGGUCAUUGGGAUCCGGGUGCGGAGUAAUCGGCCGAUCGACACGGAGAAGAAGCAGGAGGAAGAAGAAAAGGAAGAGGAGGAGGAGGAACACACGCAUAUAGCAGGACAAGUGUCUACGAGACCGAGACCGAGCCUGUCGUCUCGUCCGGAGAAUGGAGCAGACGAUGGAGCGAGGUCAAUAACUUCUCCUGAGAAUGGAGGAGACGAUGGAGCGAGGUCAAUAGCUUCUACCGAGUGGGAGGAUGCCAUGCCCUCGAUCGAUGUCGACGACCUUGACGCCGACCUCGAUUCUUAUACGAAGCCCUUCGAUCCCAUCAGAGACGAGCUGUCCUACGUGACGAUACUCAAUUCCAUCCUACCGCCAGACAUCCGCGUCCUCGCCUGGUGUCCGGACCCGCCGGCGAACUUCGACGCCCGCUUCUCCUGCCGUGAACGGCGGUACAAGUACUUCUUCACCAAUCCGGCGUUCUCGCCCACCCCGGGCCCGAAAGGUAUGAGGGACGCGGACGGGAAACCGGCGCGACUCAGGGAAGGGUGGCUGGAUGUCGAGAAGAUGCGCGAGGCCGCCAAGAAACUCGAGGGCCUGCAUGAUUUCCGGAACCUGUGCAAGAUCGACGCGAGCAAGCAGAUGCCGAACUGUGAGAGGAGAAUCACGUUUGCAGACGUGGUCGAGUGGGAAGACACGGGCAAGAUCUUUUCCAUCCACCCCGGGCUGAAUGAAUCGGCCAGACGAGGGGAAUCGAACAUCGGCUCUGUUUUCGGGGCUGGUUUGAACCUCGGCGCUGUUCUCAACAACGGCCAGGCACCACCAUCGCUGACCGGGCCGAAAGUCUACGCCUUUUGUGUCAACGGGUCAGCCUUCUUAUGGCACCAGGUUCGCUGCAUGGUCGCCGUGUUGUUCCUUGUCGGCCAAGGGCUCGAGGAGCCCAGCGUUGUCGAUGAGCUGCUCGACGUGGACAAGACCCCGGGAAGACCGAUGUACGAGAUGGCGGAUGACAAGCCGUUGGUGUUAUGGGACUGUAUAUUCCCGGACACGGACGACAAGGACGACAAGGUCGGUGUCAUGACCGACUCGCUGGACUGGGUCUACACCGGCGACCAAGCAUCACACCCGCCGGUCAACGGCAAGAGCGAUGGCAAGUUCGGGGUCGGCGGCGUGGUCGAGGAGCUGUGGAGGCAAUGGCGAGAAGCCAAGAUCCAAGAAUUAUUAGCUGGCAGCCUGCUCGAUCUGGUCAUUGGUCAGGGCGACGGCACUGCGCUGCAUCGGCUCGCUCAGGGCCAUGUCGAGGACAUUUCGCGUCGCAGUCGAAAAGUGUUUGACGGGGACAACAAUGCCCGGAUUGCAGGCCGCUAUGUGCCAUUGAUGAAGAAGCCCAAGAUGGACACCUUGCAUGUCCAGAACGCCAAAUGGUUGACUAUUCGGAAAGCAAGGAGUGAGGCUCGGUCUCAGACUCAGACUCAGGCAACCGAAGCAACCGCAACGGAUGUAGAGGGACAAUAG